AUGGAGGUGGCACGGGAUCGCGUGGGAUCGCUGCUGCGAUCUUUCAUAUCCAUGGGAGCAUCUGUAGGAGCAGUAACAAAACAGACCCUGUUCCCUCCUCUCAUGCCUGCAGGACGCCCUUUCCGUGUGUCCAAUGCCUCCCGAAGCAGCCGGAAAGGAAUUGUUGCAAGCAGCCUGCAAGAGCUCCUCAGCAAGACUUUAGAUGCCUUUGUUAUAACUGCUGGAAUAGUUACUCUGGUUUUGGAGGAAGAUGGCACAGUUGUGGACACAGAAGAGUUCUUCAAGUCUCUGGAUGAUAAUACCCACUUCAUGGUUCUAGAAAAUGGGCAGAAAUGGACACCAACAAAAAAUGGAGUUGUUGCUGUGAGAAAAAAAAAGAAAAUGGGAGUAGCUAACAUCACAUUUGAUCUGUACAAACUGAACCCCAAGGAUUUUAUUGGCUGCUUAAACAUCAAGGCAACCUUCUAUGAGAUCUACUCUAUCUCGUAUGACAUCAAAUGCAUGGGAGCAAAAAGUGUAUUGCGGAAAGUGCUGCAGCUAAUGUCCCAUGCAGCACAGAUAACUGGGCAGUUUCUUCUCUACACUGGAACGUAUAUGUUGCAGUUGAUGGGAGAAUAUGAUGAAGAUGACAUGUGCACAAGAUCCAGGCGGGAAUAUUGACCACAGCUGCAAUUCUGAUGUCGCAUCCUUUUGCUUAAAGACAUUCUCUUGCCCAGUUCUGAUUGUAAUAAAGUUACAGUAGGGGGAUGUGCACUAAUGUGAACUAACAUUUUUCCUGUUUGGGAGUGCUUUUAGGCCUUAGUCGUGAAGUGUUGGAUGUUCACAGGCUCUUAACACCACAAAGAGAUGGGUGCCUGAUGCCUGAGAAUCUGGCAAAAGGAGAGAGGGAAGGUUUUUACCCCAGCAAUUCAAAAUGGAGAAUAAGGAUACUUGGAAAUUUGCAUGCUUUCCAACCAGUGGAACACUUUUUUUCACCAAACAAGACAUUGUUUUGUUCUUUUGGGUUUUUUGGUGUUUGUUUCUCAUGGCUACCUACUUGCAUUCUGAGCAGACUGGGCUGUAAGAUGAGAGCAAGAGGACUGUGGCGUUUGUUCAUGUGUUUCAGUCCUUAACAGUGCUGGCAUUAGUGUGAAACUGGCUUUGAGAUGAAGUGUACCUAUUUACUCCUGCUGAUAAAAAACUACAUAGUAUAACUUCAGUCCUACUUCAGUGACUGACUCUUCUCAUGAAGUCUAACUGGAGAUUGUGCAACUAAUAAGUAGAAGGUUAAGAUUUAGCCUUACUUCCCUUAAAGCAAAUUAAACUUUCAUUAUAGUUAUUUAUUUUUUUUUUUCAAAUCUUCAGGACAUUCAGGUUAUUACAGCUCACACAGUUGAAGAGCCUGAUGAAUUUUUUUAAUGAAUCUGCUGUCCGGUGCUGCCUGAGCAUUCAACCUGCCAUGAUUUCGUGAAUAUGACUUAUAAGCAGCGUGCUGAAGAUUUUUCUGGGGUUAAACCACCACUUCUGUAGCUUUUACUGUUACAAGAUGACACUAGGUGUCAAGUUAGGCUUGAGGUACAUGUAAGAGAUACUGGGUAUUCUGUUGCCCUGGAUUUCAGGGGAGAGCAGCAGGACACUAUCUAGUCUUGCAUAAUACACAUGAAAGCUCUAAAGUUAAUAAUUGUAGUCUCCCAAGACAUGCUGUAUUAAAGGACAAAGUAAUGUUUCCUGCAGUUUACUGAACUGUUGCUAUGCCUAGCUUUCAGCCAUGUGAAAAAUUCCUCGACAGUGUGAAAAAUUGGACAACAGGUAGCCUUAGGCAUCUUGUGUCAAAAUGCAAACUCACAUUUGAAGGUGAAGGAAAAAAAGUCCAAUUUUGGUUGUUCACAGGUGUAACUUUUGAGGAGGUUUUUGUUUGCUUGCACAUGAAGAAUUUUAGGAAGGCUGAAAGCUGCCAAGGGAACAUCAGAUGCAGAAAAUGUUUCUUCUUCUAAUAGGAGAAGUUCUGGUGCAGAGUGAACAAGGGGGGCAGGGGACGAAAUCAAUGGGAGCAAUAGGGAAAAGACCACUAUGGACCCCACAGUGCUUGCUGUGCCACUGAGACAGGAAUCCAUUAACUGUGUGCACCAACUGCACUGACCUGACCUGCUGCAAGAGAAGCAGAAAGGUGGGAAAGAUGAAGUAUUGUGGUUGGUGGUGUCUAUUCUGUCCUCUUAGCUGGGUCUGUUCACUGAUACAUGGGGAAAUUGCUCUUGCUUUUAGCUGCAAAUCUCACCUUCAUGUGCUUAUUUUUGCCUUCCCAUUAUGAGUGUGGCUAUGCCAGCUGGAGCUGCAUCUCUCAAAUCACUGUUGAGAGGAAAGGCAGCCUAAAACCAAGUGCUAAAGGGACUGAUGGACACAAGUUUGGGUCGGUCUCUGCCCAUCUCUUAAGUAAUGGUAUUACAAAUAAAUAGACAGCUAAGAUAAACCUUGUUGUCUUCUCCUAAUUCCUGUUUCCCAUCUGCUUCUGAGUGUUUGCUGGAGGAGGUGGAGGGCAUACUGCUCCGGAUAAGGGGAGGACUUGUUCUUUCCUAACUUCUCACAGGGGAGAAUGCCUGGGGCAUGCAGCACUGUCAGGUGUCCUUCAGAAGAAAACAAUAAACUGUUCUGGGAGUAAUGAGAAAGCUUCCAUUUUGAUAUAAUCUCCGUAUGUUUUAUCUGUAUUUUUCUUGACACCCCCUGCAUAAAUGGCUGCUACCAUGUUAAUCGUUGGCCAAAGUGUUUCUUUCCUUGUCAAGGAAUUGCAUAACUGACUUUACAAGGACGUGGUAAUUUUUUCAGCCUCUAAGGACCACUUAUUCUAUUGAAAGGAGCACACCUCUUGAAAACAAAUUCCCUAAAAUCCUUCUAUGAAUAUUUAUGUUUCCUAUGGUGGGAGCACCAGGAUUAAAAAAAAGGUAAAACAACUAGAGUAGCUCAUUAUUGCCUUGAGUUACUUCUUCAACAUCUGCAGUACAAAAGCUUUAGCAUGUCUGAACUGUGCAGAUCUCAAAUUCCAGCCUUCUCUAGCCAGAGGCAAUUGUUAGAGGACUAACACUCCAUAGUUUACGGUGGCAUUAUCUGGAAAUCUAGGAGUGAUCUGAAAAACUAACCUGCUAUGAAUGUGCAAUGUUUUUAAGCAGCUGCUCCUUCAACAGCUUAACACUUCGAACUUGAGCUGCUGAAGUUCCCGUGUGCAGCAGUCUCCAUCUUGGAGCAAUUCCCUCUGUUCAGCUGUUUGCAUUUUGAAUUAAAGUAGCUCAGCUUUGGUGUUUUCUUGAAGUUGUGUCUAAAACUGUUUAAUUGCUUCUGAACCUGGAUCUUUCACAGGCUUAGUAUUUGGAGGUCAUAUUUGCUAGUGUAUUUUCUUUCUGGUAAUAAAGUUUUGGCUUUGAGUCAAACUGGAGGAGUUUGUCAUUCUCUGGGUUGGAACCAGUUUUGUGGGGUUUUUUGGUUGUUUUUUUCUUUUUUUACUCACUGCUUAGGAAGUAUAUAUAUCAUAUGCAGCAAAGAAAAACUUUUGCAUUAUCUACCUUUCUACUUUUUAGAAAAUGAUACACAAGUGCUGUACAAUAUCUAGCAAGACAGAAGAAAACUAAAAUCACAGGCUCUUAACUGCAGGAAUGUGGAGAAGCAGCUAGAUAUUUUUUUUUUUCAUUUUUAGCUUUAGUUUUAUUUCCUAUAAACUCAGUUAACCUGCACUUGUUGCUGUUGCAGACAAGGCUGGGAACAAAGACAUGCAGAAGGUGUGAAACAUGCUUGCUGCCUCCCUGUUUGCACAGACCCUUUUUCCCUGUUGCUUUGCAUCACUUGCUAACAAUGCACCAAGUCCUACUCUCUGGUUACCAAAAAAGGAAUUUUCACUGAAGUAAGAGACCUUGUUGACUCAGGCACUGCUCAUGUUCUGCAGACAGAGAAAAGUUGCUUUCUUCACUGCCAGAAUGAAGACUCUAGUAGCUUUUGUGUGUGUGCAGUUUAUCAUUACUUCAUUUCCUUCCUUUCAUAAAACCAUGAAAGUU